AUACACAGUAACGCUAGAUCCAUGGCAGAAACAGCGUAGCAAAAAAAAAAAAUCCUUUCUUCUCUUUCUUUUUGUCUUCUUCCCCAACCAUCCAUUCUUCUCUCUUCUUCUUCUUCGUCUCUCUUAUUUUUCCUAAUAACCGAACAACAAUCUCUCUUUCUCUCUCUCUCUCUUCCCCGGAAUCAAGGCUCAGGGGAUCGGAGAAUUAUACAAUUACGGUUGCUUCCGCCGCCGCCGUCUUCCUCCUGCUUGAGAUACUCUCUCUCUUGUACAAUGCCAUCUGAUAUAUCUGAACCCAGAGGUGGAGGAGGAGACAUUCGCACCACUCCUGAGAAACAGUUUGGGUUCAUGAAAACCAACCCAGUGCCUGAAGGUGCCGUUGAUAGAUGUUCGAGUGUACCCAAGGCUUCUGAAAGUUACCAGCUGCCGUCUCAGCAAUCAAGCUUGUCUGGGACGCUUCCUUCUGCUAUCCCUAAUGGAAGAACAGCCGAAAGUGAUUCUCACUGGGAGAGCAGUCUCUUUUCCAGCUCUUUCUCUGAAAUCUUUAGUAGAAAAUUAAGGCUACCAAGAAGCGAUAAUGUAUCCUUUAUGCCCGCAUACCCCGAGGAAGAACCUUCUCAGUCUUUAGAAGAGAUGGAGGCGCAAACUAUUGGAAACCUUCUUCCAGAUGAGGACGAUUUUUUCGCAGGAGUGGUUGGCCAUAAGUCUCGUGCCAAUGGAGGAGAUGAUUUGGAUGAUUGCGACCUAUUCAGCAGUGUUGGUGGCUUGGAGCUAGAUGGGGAUAAUGUUUUUUCGUCUGUGAGCCAAAGAGACGGCAAGAGAGGCAGCAAUGUUUUCCUUGUUGGUGAGCCCCCUCGAGGAGAAGUUUCAUCCAGAAUACUUUUUGUUACGAAUAUGGAUAGUAUCGUUGAAGAUUACGAGCUCAGGGCCCUUUUUGAGCAAUAUGGAGAGGUCCGGACUCUUCAUACAGCUGGCAAGAAUCGUGGCUUUAUCCUGGUAUCAUACUAUGAUAUAAGGGCUGCUCAGAAUGCUAUGAGAGCACUCCACGGUAGGCUCUUAAGGGGAAGAAAGCUUGAUAUUCAUUACCAUAUCCCAAAGGAAAAUUCUAAGAAAGAGAACACCAGCGAAGGAGCUCUGUUGGUUCACAAUCUGGAUUCUUCUGUAUCCAAUGAAGAGUUUUACAGAAUUGUUAGUUCAUACGGAGAAAUCAGAGAGGUUCGUAGAACAAUGCCUGAGAAUUCACAGAUAUACAUAGAGUUCUUUGAUGUUCGAGCCGCAGAGGCCGCUCUCCGAGGACUAAAUGGGUUUCAGAUUGCUGGGAGGCAGCUUAAACUUGCGCCAUCCUUUACAGAGGGAACAAGUUUUACGCCACAGUUUGGUGCAGAUGAUGCUGAGGGAGGUCUACCUAAAAUGGCUUUUAAUAAUCUUACAUCAGCACAGAUAGGAAGACAUUACCCAGGAAUAUUAGCUUCAACCUCCAUUAAUGGUGGAUCUAUGCGCGUGAUGCAUAAUUCUGUUGGGUCACCUGUGAACUCCUUCACUGAACGUCAUCAGGGUCUCGAUAUUCCUAUUGGAAUGCCACCAUCGACAAGAAUCAUCUCCGCUAGCAAGCCUUUUGGUCUUCAGGAGUCUGGAAACCCUUUUGAUAGUUCAAAUACGGGGAUCCAAAGCAUGCCAAACCUUCAUCCUCAUUCUUUUCAUGAGUACUUUGACAACUUUGCAAGUGGUAGUCCAUAUAAAUCCUCUACCACAUUCUCUGAAAUGGUCAGUGAUGGCCAGAAAGCAAACGAAGGCUUUAUGAUGAGCAAUAUUCGUGGAGUGGGCGUAGAUGGGUUUAAUGGAGGUGUCAUAGGAUCACCGGCAAACCAAGGAUCCCAUCGUGCGAAUCCCAACUUGUGGAGCAGCUCUAACCCUCAGCAACUUAACCAGUCAAAUGGCAUGAUGUGGCCUAACUCACCAUCUCGCGUCAACGGCAUUACUUCGCAGCGCAUCCCACCUGUUACUGCAUUCUCUAGAGCAUCUCCUUUGAUGGUGAACAUGGCCUCAUCGCCUGUGCACCACCACAUUGGAUCUGCCCCGGUUUUAAACUCGCCUUUUUGGGAUAGAAGACAGGCCUAUGUAGCUGAACCUCCAGAAUCUACUGGAUUUCACUUUGGUUCUCACGGUAGCAUGGGAUUCCCUGGCUCUUCUCCCUCACAUGCAAUGGAAAUGGCUUCUCAUAAGGUUUUCUCUCAUGUUGGUGGGAAUCGCAUGGAUGCCAAUUCCAGCAAUGCUGCUGUAUCGCGAUCAUCGCGACAGAUGCCCCACUUCUUGUCUGGAAGGAACCCAAUGCUUUCAGUGCCAGGCUCAUUUGACUUGCCUAAUGAACGUUACAGGAAUCUCUCUCAGAGAAGAAGCGAGUUUAGCUCUAGUAAUGCUGAAAAGAAACUGUUUGAGCUUGAUGUUGAUCGCAUAUUACGCGGGGAGGACAACAGAACCACAUUAAUGAUCAAAAACAUUCCUAACAAGUAUACUUCUAAGAUGCUUAUAGCUGCCAUUGAUGAGUACUGUAAAGGAACAUAUGACUUCCUUUAUUUGCCUAUUGAUUUCAAGAACAAAUGCAAUGUGGGAUAUGCCUUCAUCAACCUCACCGAACCUGAGAACAUUGUCCCGUUUUACAAGGCAUUCAACGGUAAGAAGUGGGAAAAAUUCAACAGCGAGAAGGUGGCAUAUCUUGCAUACGGUCGGAUCCAAGGAAAAUCAGCUCUUAUUGCUCAUUUCCAGAACUCAAGUUUGAUGAACGAAGACAAACGUUGCAGACCUAUUCUCUUUCACACCGCCGGUCCAAAUGCUGGUGAUCAGGAACCAUUUCCAAUGGGUACGAACAUCAGGUCAAGACCAGGGAAGCAUCGAACAAGUAGCAUUGAGAACUACAACAGCAACUUUAGCAGCAGCUCAGAAAACCGAGAAGAGCCUCCAGAUGGGACGGACUCGUUCUAACCGAUGAGGCAGAGACAAUUUUCAUGUCAUAAGCCAAACUAACCCUUUAGACGUCUUCUUCUAUCAGAGAAAACCCCCAAAGGUGAAAAAACACCCCAUAGCUCUGUAAAUCCUUGGGUGUGGUAAAUUUACCUUGAGAAAAAAAAACUCAUUUUGAAGUGGAGAAAACCAAUGGUUGCUUGUGACAAGUUUUUGUUGUAUCAUUAAACCGUCCAGAGAAAUCUUGCUGGCUUUUUCUUUUUGUUUUUGAACUUUUUUUGGUUUAAUUUUGUUUGGGUUGUGUCUACAAGGACCUUUCUUUGUACUUUUGCUUAGAAAA